AUGUCAUUAGAAGGCCACAUAGAUACCUUCCGAAAUGCCGUCAAAGAGAAUAGCCACAGUAACAAAUCCUUGACCCAUCACUUUGACACCAGUAGCUACUGGAGAGAGCGUUAUGUGAAGUCUGAACUGGAACGGUCAAGUUUGCUCAACGAAGUGUUGGAGCUUAGGCAAGAGAGAGACGCACUCCAGGCACAGGCGAAGGCAGCGCUACCUACGGCAGCACGGCAAGCAUUGGGAAAACGGAAGAGAGAGGCUACCCCGGCAUUGAGGAAGACACGACAAGCGCCGCACGCAAAUGCUGUCGCACAAGAUGGUCUAAGCGAGGAUGAACUUGUUCUGGGGCCCGAGUAUCUCGGGUCUGAUCCUAACCGUCGAGCGAUCCUUCGAGCAUUCAGGUCACUACGCUACACUCUCCGACUGGACGCCCCCGACAAAGAUCGUGCCGCGACGGCAGUCCGAAGUAUGGUCAAUGCCAUUUGCAGAAGUAUUCGACCUACCUCAGAAAAAGGACGGAAAGGUCAGCCUCGCACAGAAGCACAAUCCAUUGACUACGUCUGCCGAGCGCUACGGCACGUCUACCCGUCUAUCCUGGAGGGAUUAGAUCUCAUCAAGCCAGAGAAAGACAGUUAUGAUGGCCAAGGUUUUCCUGCAGCGUCGGAUAUUGUCAGAUUGUUCCAAACCCUCCUGGGACGUCUACACAAAUGUACUCUAGAUGACUUCGUCGAACGAGAUGAGGAGGCAAAGUCGAGGCAGAAAGGACGCCGUCCUGGCGCAAAGGCAAUCAAAAAGACACCACCUGUCACUUCCGUCGACUAUGCUGUGCAGGCCAAGUCCCUCACGAUGACUUUGCUCAGAAUGGUAACAGUGCUCGACGCAUCUAACGACAUGCAUUGUGAGCUUCUGGAGGGGAUUUUGUGCGCCUUCCUCGAUCACGUCGGUUCUUCCUUGUCGCUUUUGGUCUUUGGGGACCCGAAGAGAGAUCCCAAAGACUCUGGCGGGAUUCUUCCACCUCGAGGCUUGUUGGACGUUGCCCAUUUGGAUUUGGAAGCAGCAACGGGCAGCGCGACGAUUGAAGGCCCGUACCUCAUCUUGAUCUUACGCAAAUUCGUGGAUUUCGUUUAUCAAAACACCAAUCAUAUGUCGGCAAAUUCCCGUCUACUCUUUUCGGUGCAGAAGCCAGAUGUCACCCAGAGUGACGGGCUUCGACACUCGAUCGAGCAGACACUCCAGACUACUCUACUUCGCGGAGUGUAUGGAGAUGAAGACGAUACAUUUUACAAUGCUCUGAGGCGUGAUGAAGAUGCAGACGACGCUGAAGACGAUUUCCUCAACAUGAUGGAAGAAAUGAACGCGGAAGAGGAUGGAGCGGAAUGGUUUGUUGCACAACUUUGGGAACAUUUGGGGUGGGAUAUAUUGUCUGGGCGUCGAGGGAUUUAA